AUGAACAACAUUUUCUUCACAUUCCUACUUAUCUCCGUUCUCCUGAUAACAAAUGCUGCAUCAACCAAUAUCCUUCGAUCAAAACGACUUGUCGGAGGAUUAGCUGGCAUAAGGCCCGGUAUAAUAGGUGGAUUGCGACCGGGAAUUGGAGGCCCCGGACCAUUAAUUGGAGGACACGCCGGUAUAAGACCAGGAACGGGAGUACGUCCAAUAAUCGGGGGAACAGCCGGCAUAAGACCAGGAAUAGGAGGUCCAGGUCCAUUGAUAGGAGGACAUGCCGGUAUAAGACCACAUGUAGGCUGA